GAAUGUCCAGAGCGGAGAGGAAGGUGAAGACUCCAGUGUGUAUGAGAUGAUGAGCACUGCGGGCAAACCCAAGUCCAGCCCCCCCGAUGACGCCCAUCAGGCUGGCAAGGAUGAGGACCAGGAGGAGGAGGAAGAAGAGGACCCGUACGCACCGCUCGGGGUGAACAACGAAGAAUACGACACCGUCCUCAGCCCCAGCAACUCUGUGGUGAUCGCCAACCGACCCCCGGCACCCACACCUCGCCCUGAAACCAUCCCCACCAAAGAGGACCGCACCCCCUACAUAGCACAAGUGUUCCAGAAGAAAAUGUCCCAACCAGAUGCUGGAACUCUCUACUCCCUCCCGCUGAAACAAGUGCGUGAGCGUGAGAGCAUCUCGUCCACCUACGACACGUUCGUGGCGAGCCACAGCCCCCCUGGGCUGGACGAGCUCAUCUCGCUGCAGCAGCAAGUCAAACUGGGCACGCUCAGUGUAGACGACGCCCUCGACAGGUUCAGCCAAUGGCAGCGUCUGCAGAAGGGGGUGGACAGCGUUCAACAGGAGAAACUUCGUCAGAUGCGAGCCAGCCUCAUAAACUACCGAGAGGACGAUGACAGCGUCUAUGAUAAAAUCAACAUCAUACAUCACACACCAAAUGUGGCGGUGAAGGACUGCAGAAGGGGUAGCCAGCCUGUGGAGAGUGACUUCUACAGCAAACCACUCAAAGGCCAGCCGUCCAAUUUGUUCUGGAAGGCUGAUAAACGAUGAAGAGACACGGAAGCUUUGCUGUCAAUGAUGUCUCUCUACGCGUCAGAGGGAAGGCUUGCCAUGUGUGGCUCUUUGAUAGUUUCAGUACAGUUCUUGUUCUAUAUUUUUCUCCCCAAACGUUUCAUUUAUACAUGCAUCUUUUAAAAUAUAAUUUCAAAGGAGAAUAUAAUCCUAAACAGUAAUUUAUUUUUGACACAUUUUGUUCUCUGGAGAUUAAAGUAAGAAAUAUCCCUGA